AUGCUAGCUAAAAUUUUUACUACAGUCAAAUAUACUUUAGUUACAGUGAACUUAUUGUUUCUGGUAACUGGUAUUAUUAUACUGUCCGUGGGUAGCUCUGUUCAAGCUGCAUACAAUGGUUACCAGGAAUUCUUGUCACAGACAUUCUUCACUCUCCCAGCAUUUUGCAUCGCUACUGGGAUCAUCAUCUUCCUCAUUUCCUUCGCUGGAUUUUAUGGUGCUUAUAUGGAAAAUUAUUAUAUGAUAAUGGCGUUUGUUGGUUCUAUGAUCUUGAUGUUCAUAUUCCAACUGUCCGCGUGUAUUGCGGGGUACGUACUCCGAGGCAACACUGUAGCAUUAGUUCAGAAGCAGCUUAUCAGUAGUAUGGAUUUAUAUGGAGUAGACAAGAGCUUUGAAGUUACUAAGCUGUGGGAUGAAGUGCAAACUGACUUCACCUGCUGUGGUGUUAUAAAUUCGAGUGAUUGGUUAACUCCCCUUAACACAAAUGAGUUGGGAGGAGUCCCCAUGAGCUGCUGCAGCCACGUUUAUGGUUCAAUCGCAACAUUCGUCUGCAACACUACGUUAGCCUACUCUACUGGUUGUUCAGAAGCAUUUGGCAACUGGGUUCAAGACCAUGCCGGUACUAUUGGAAUAUCUGGAAUAUGCCUUGUUUUAAUGCAGGCACUCGCGGUAGCAGGUGCAUUAUGGUUAGCGAAUAUAACAAGAAAAGAGCGGGAAUUCCCC